GGAAUUUCGUAGUUUGAUUGACAGUCGUCAUGGUAACAUUCUCCGUCAGUCGCCAUUUUACCAGUAGCUUUUUCCUAAUAAUUUACCUUCCCGCCGGAAUAAUACAUUUACUUUUUAAUAGUAAUGGCAACGAUUUUGAAACCAAUGCAUCGGCAGGAUUGGAUUAAAAGAAUUCAGAGACCUGUGGUUUAAAACAGGGUGGACAUAUUUAGGCGGUGCCAAGCAACGUGGUUGUCCGUCUCUCUGGUCCACCGGGCCGGUUCGCUGCGCAGGUUUGGAACGCGCGCCAUUUUGUGAAAUUUACAAAAAAAAUUAUCCAAGAAAACAAGGCGUAUAGCAAAGGACACGCUAAUUAUUUCACUAAUCUGGGGAGACCGUACCUAUUAUUACCAGAGACUGUUGCUGUUACUCCUGCGGAGAGGACCCAUCAACAACUAUAGCUAAUUUUGUGUGGUUAGCUAGUUAGCUAGCUGUCUCGCUAGCUAGCUAGCUAACUCCCCCAAAUGUAGCUAGCUAACUAGCUAGCUAUGUUUUCUCACUCUUCGUCCGAAAAGCCAGCUAGCUAGCUAGCCAUGUGUGUUUGUUUUUAGCUAGCUAGCUAGCUGAAGGAGAUAUACGCCGUUGAUCUGGAAAUUGAACUGACACCAGUCCGGAGGAGUGAGGAUUGGUUCGAAAAUUUGGAGGGCUCCUUACAGGAAAGGAGAAGCUGGAUCCUACUUCGCCCCAUGGGUUAUGGGACUUUAAAUGAAGAUCACAUCAACAAAAGAGGAGAGAUUUCAGCAUGCAAACCUUCGUCCGUCCGGCUCGCACCCUCGUUUUCUUUCCACGCUGCUGGUCUUCAGGUGGCUCCACCCAUGCCUCAUUCGCACCAGCAGUACAGUGACCGUCACCAGCAGACCACGGACCAGCCUGUCACCGCGCUGUCGUACAGCGACCAGGCCCAGCAGACCACUGCCAAACAGGGGAUCCCUGAUAUUGUCAUGUUGCAGAGGCUCGUGCCCCAGUGCUUUCGUGACCCAGCGACAGCUCCCCUGAGGAAGCUCUCUAUCGACCUGAUCAAAACCUACAAACACAUCAAUGAGGUAUACUAUGCAAAAAAGAAGCGGAGACACCAGCAGGCCCAGGGAGAGGACUCCAGCCACAAGAAGGAGAGGAAGGUCUACAACGACGGCUACGACGACGACAACUACGACUACAUCGUCAAGAAUGGGGAGAAGUGGAUGGACCGAUAUGAAAUCGAUUCCCUAAUAGGCAAAGGGUCAUUUGGCCAGGUUGUUAAAGCGUACGACCGAAUGGAGCAGGAGUGGGUGGCAAUUAAGAUCAUCAAGAACAAGAAGGCUUUUCUCAAUCAAGCGCAGAUUGAAGUGCGGCUCCUCGAGCUCAUGAACAAACAUGACACCGAGAUGAAAUACUACAUCGUUCACCUGAAGCGUCACUUCAUGUUCCGGAACCACCUCUGCCUGGUGUUCGAGAUGCUGUCGUACAACCUGUACGACCUGCUGAGGAACACCAACUUCCGGGGCGUGUCGCUCAACCUGACGCGCAAGUUCGCCCAGCAGAUGUGCACGGCGCUGCUCUUCCUGGCCACGCCCGAGCUCAGCAUCAUCCACUGCGACCUCAAGCCCGAGAACAUCCUGCUCUGCAACCCCAAGCGCAGCGCCAUCAAGAUCGUCGACUUCGGCAGCUCCUGCCAGCUGGGCCAGAGGAUAUACCAGUACAUCCAGAGCCGGUUCUACCGCUCGCCCGAGGUGCUGCUGGGGAUGCCUUACGACCUGGCCAUCGACAUGUGGUCCCUGGGCUGCAUUCUGGUGGAGAUGCACACCGGCGAGCCCCUCUUCAGCGGAGCCAACGAGGUGGAUCAAAUGAAUAAAAUAGUUGAAGUUCUUGGUAUCCCUCCCAAUCACAUAAUGGACCUGGCGCCCAAAGCCAGGAAAUUCUUUGAGAGAUUGUCAGACGGCACAUGGGGUGUUAAGAAGACCAAAGAUGGCAAAAGGUAUAAACCGCCGGCCUCCCGAAAACUCCACACCGUCCUGGGGGUGGAGGCCGGGGGCCCGGGGGGGCGUCGGGCCGGGGAGUCGGGCCACGCCGUAGCAGACUACUUGAAAUUCAAGGACCUCAUCUUACGAAUGCUGGACUACGACCCCAAGAGCCGCAUCCAGCCGUACUACGCCCUGCAGCACAGCUUCUUCAAGAAGACGGCGGACGAGGGGACCAACACGAGCAGCAGCGUGUCCACCAGCCCCGCGCUGGAGCAGUCGCAGUCCUCGGGAACCACGUCCAGCACGUCCUCCAGCUCCGGAGGUUCCUCUGGCAUGAGCACGGGCGGUCGGGCGCGGUCCGACCCGACGCAUCAGCACCGGCACAGCGGAGGACGCUUCAGCGCGGCGGUGCCAGCCAUAGACUGUGACAACCUCUGCCCGCAGGUGAGACAGCCGUACCCUCCGCCCGGGGUGUGGACCGGCGGGGUGGGAUCGGAGCCGGUCACCGUGGAGACGCACCCAGUGCAGGAGACCACCUUCCACGUGCCUCCGCAGCAGCCCAAGGCGCUACACCCGCACCACCACCCCCACGCCCACCUCCACCACCACCCGCACGGGCCGGGCCUGGCCAUGCGACCCCGCCCGCGCCUCUACAACUCCCCCACGAGCAGCGCCUCCACCCAGGACUCCAUGGAGGUGGCGCACGGGCACCUGUCCAUGACCUCCCUGUCUUCCUCCGCCUCCUCGUCCUCCACGUCCUCCUCUUCCACCGGGAACCAGGGCAACCAGGCCUACCAGAGCCGCCCCGUGGGCGCCCACGCCUUGGACCUGGGCCAGAACGGCGGCGGUGUGGGCAUGGGCAUGGGGCUGGGCGCCUUCACCAACCCCCGCCAAGAGACUGGCAUGGCGGGGCACCAGGCGUUCCCGCUGGCCGCCAACGCGGGGACCGCCCACUACAUCGCGGAGGCCCACCUGAGCAUGAGGCAGGGGAUGGACAGGGAGGAGUCUCCCAUGACUGGCGUCUGCGUUCAGCCCAGCUCGGUGGCCAGCUCGUGACUAAGCUGACGAUGGGUUUGUUGUUUUUUCCCCCCUCCCCCGCCCUCCCUCCUCCCUCCUACCCCCCCACCCACCCGUGUGUAUUUUUCAAGGUGGUGUUUUUCAAAGAGAAGUGCAUAGAGAUCAAAAUGCUGCUUACUUCAGAAGGGAGAGGGAUCGCCGAGCCGCUACCGCAGUACACAGCCCUUUUUCAUUCAUCCGCCAUCACUCCGUUCCUCCCUUAUUUUGUCGGUCACGAGCAGAAUAAGUAGACUUGCCGAGUGUGUACUUCGGGGGGAAAAAAGGACUACAGCACCCAUCAUCCAUUUCACCAGUUAUGACACGCCUGAAUGAGAUCCAUCUCAUUAGCGGCAAGCGCUCUGUGUCGGUACUACCUGUGGUUUAGACAGCGAUUGCUGUUCAGCCGAUUUGUCGUUGAUCUCAGAAUGCUGUUACAUCCUCACACUUCAACCGGUUGAGUUCACAUCGCAUUACAGUGGCACCCAGUAGUUAACCCAUUGCAGUUGUGUUCCCACAAUCCCGUAGCGUGACGAGGAGGAAGGAAGCGCUCGCAGCGGCGGUGGCGUCGGUCCGGCGUUGCUCUUUGCAGGGGGGGGGGGCGGAGGCGGGGGCGCUUUGGGGGCGGAGCCGGACUCCCGGAGGGGGAAAGGGAGCGCGGACGCAGCGCUCUCCGGACGCCGGGCAUGCUGGGACUCUCCGGGCCCCGUACCAAGGAGACGCACUGAAGAACAACCCCGGUGGUUGUCCGUCGCGGCCCAAACACUAGGGAUGUCAGGCAGCGGCUGUCUAUUCAGAUAACCCUUUGGCCUUAUGAGUAUUGGAUUCUGAACGGGGGAAAAAAAACUGGACUAUUAUUUGAAUAAUUAUUCAAAAAAAAAGAAAAAGAAAGAAAGAAGCUUUCCUCUAUUUUUAUCUUUACACUGCCCUUAAUUCUUUACUGAGAGAAGGAAAUGACCGGGGGAAAGGGGUGUGUUUGAGAACGGUGAUUUUAAGAGGCCUUUCUUUUAAAGAUGUAUCACUUUUUUUGUGGCCCCCCGCGAUCGCGGGGGUCCCGGUAAGUUCACACGCGUGUCCUAAACACGCCGGCUCAAAUAACCUGGAAGGUCACAGAACUAGAGAGGCGCGAUAGAUGGGAGUCUACGACUGUGGUCCGUCCUGCUACUGACAUGCUUAUUUCUCUUUGCUUACUUCCCCUCAGCAUGUAGUUUCCCCACCCCCCACCCAUCAGAGCAUCUGCACAAAAGGUCCUCUUCAUUUUGAACAUUUAAAAAUGCAGAAAUUUUUACACGACUGCUUCUAUCCCCCUCACAAUUAUGCUGUGAAGUAUAUAACAAAAAAUGGUUUUUCCCCUUUGGGUAAUUUAUUGUACCAAAGCUGUUCUUUUUUUAGCACAUAGAUGUCUGUAACCAAUAAUGUAGCAGUUCUGCACUUUGACACAAGGUUUAUCGAAAAUGGCGUUCGUUUCCUCUUCACCCUUCCAACCGUCCGUACAAAAUGGCUGUGCCACUUGCUUUAGUAGAAGCCCACGCUGUUUAACUCCAUGCAUUUUACUGUUAGCUGUAUCCUGGAUGUAAUCGGUUGAAUCAGUUUGCGCCCCCUCCCAAAAAAACAAAAACAAAAAAAAAAUGAAACACAAAUGUGGUCUAUUUGUAGAACAUUGUUUUUAUGGGCAAGUGGAGGAACUGGCUGUUACUCUGCAGGCUCUGGAAUUCCGUAAUAAUAAUGGCUGACUAGUCCGGGCAAGAAGAACUACGCUGUAAAUGAAAUGCUGUGGUUUUAUCAAGCCAUUUUAAAGUCACUUUUUUUCAGUGCGAACUGGUGAAUUUUAGAGAGAGUUCCUGAAGCCUCAAAUAGACUUCCAGCGUACAUCUUAGAAUCUAGACACAGUUAAGAUAUCAUUGAAGUUUAAAGACUAUAUGUCCAAAAACAGCUUGUUCCAUGAUGAUGAUGAUGAUGAAAGCCAUUUUAUCCUGAGCAUGACCAGUGGUGACAAGUCCUGCAUUAGAGCAAUUUGCCACAGCCCACUGUUUAAAUCCCCUGUACUUUUAAAUACGUAAUUGGUCAUUUGCAACACUAUAGCUCGAGAAGCCAGUGUCCUCCCGAAUUUUCAUAACAUUUUAUAAAGUCCAACUUCCAGCUUGACAGUUCUUAAGUUGGGAAAUGGUAGGUUCUAAAAAGCCUGUCAUGCAAAACUUAAUCCACUCAGUUAACACGUCUGAAGAAAAUAUCUCCUUCGCUUAUUUCCGAAAAGAAAACUGUGUCAAUAUGAGCUUGGUGAUUCCACGCGGACCAUUACAAUAAUGACCCAUCCAGGAAGUUUAGGGACGUUAAACUACGUUAAGUUCUAAUAAUUCAAAACCUCCCCCCCUCCCUCCCUCCCUGUGACGGAUUAGUAUGUUUUAGCAUACUACUGUUAAAAAAAAUUUUAGUUUGAUCAUAGUCCUCGAAUCAAGUUUGUAAAUGCUGCCACAGACUUGCUUACGUACUACAGGGGGCGAAUCUUGCAUGGUGCGCUCACCCACAGAACACCACUUGGCUUGGCUGCCAUUUCAUGGGAAAUGUAUCAACAAUUCACCAUAGUUUUUGUGAGUAGUCAGGUCAUUUUUCCUAGUUGAGAAAUUAAAAAAAAUAAAAUAAUAGUCUUGUGCUUCAUACUACAAUAUUACAAUUUUAAAAAGUAACAAAAAAUUACAGCGUGAGGGAUUUAUGAACCUGAGCAACAUUUUAAGGAGAAAGCUUAUACUCAGAUCGGCUCUUCAAGUAUUAAGGUUUCACCCCUGCCUUUCUUCCCACACACACACACACACGUGCGCACACACACACACACACUCACACACACACACAAGAUUUUAAUAGUAAAAAUAGAAUUUAUGUACCUAUUUAUAUAUAUUAUAUAUAUAUAUUUUUAAUAAAGGAAGUUAAGAACUCACCACAUUUCUCCUGCUGGUAUUUUGAUUGCGUUGUUGUCAGUGUGGGUGCUAUUCAGUGGAAGGAAUUCUGUGACUUUUAGUUUACGGGGAAACGUUGCUUCCGGGCAAGUUGACAACGGCUGUACAAUGUUCAAGUGUCGAGUUUUGAAACAGGAAAACACUAGACCUCCUUACCUUAAAAGUACUUCAGACAGGGUAUUGCGUGUGCAUGUUUCUCAAUGAACCUGUUAGCCUUUUCUUUUCCGUUGUUGUUGUUUAUAAAGAACUUAGUGCAAGCUUCAAACGUGGGGCCAUUUUUACGUCCGAUCAUCGUACACUUAUUUGGUGCGCACAACCAUCUAGACUAUGUAUAGUCUGUGCUUUGUCGACUUCUUUGGCCACACGGUAUAAAGAAAUGUCAGAUUCUUCAUUCUUUUUCAUUUUAAGAAGAAAAAAAAAGAAACUGCUCUUUGGAUUUUUAUUUUCUUUUUUCUUUCCGAUAUGCUUUGUCCCCCCCCCACCCCCCCCCCACCCCGGUCCGGUUUUGAAUGGUUGACUACACGGUUUGGUUACAGGAUGUCUGACCUGCACUGUAAAGCUGAACAGCAUGGUAUAAGGCGAAGCACCUGUGUCCACAGAUCGUACGAUCUAGUCAAGGCUUUGCUGUGUAUAUGAUGAUGCCCUUUGUAUUAUAUUCAAGCAGUCUUAUGUAUGAUAUAUAAAAAAGAAGUUAAUUAA